UAAAGGAAUCCUCCCGGAAUUCGAUUGUGAUAAUUCCCACAGCACCUGAAGUACACACCAGCCUGUCCCACACCGGUGUCUGCCGCCCCUCCUCUCCGGGUAUCAGGCCUCAGCAGCCGCCAUGGCGCAACGAAGGUUCUUCGUGGGAGGAAACUGGAAGAUGAACGGGAACAAGGAGAGUCUGGAGGAGCUCAUGUCCACCCUGAACACCGCCAGUCUGCACGAGGACACCGAAGUGGUGUGUGCUGCUCCCUCCAUCUACCUGGACUUUGCUCGGUCCGGUCUGGAUUCCAGGAUCAGUGUUGCAGCCCAGAACUGCUACAAGGUGGCCAAGGGGGCGUUUACAGGAGAAAUCAGCCCGGCUAUGAUAAAAGACUGCGGGGCAGACUGGGUGAUCCUCGGACACUCGGAGCGGCGUCACGUGUUUGGGGAAAACGACGAGCUGAUUGGGCAAAAGGUGGCUCACGCUCUUGAAAGCGAUCUGGGUGUCAUCGCUUGCAUUGGGGAGAAGUUGGAGGAGCGAGAGGCGGGAACAACGGAGGAAGUCAUUUUUGCUCAAACACAAGUCAUUGCAGAGAAUGUGAUGGACUGGGAGAAAGUGGUUCUGGCGUAUGAGCCUGUGUGGGCCAUUGGCACCGGCAAGACAGCCACACCUGAGCAGGCUCAGGAGGUCCAUGAGAAAUUGAGGGCGUGGUUCCGAGCAAACAUCUCAGAAGAAGUGUCUGACUCCCUGCGCAUCAUUUACGGAGGGUCAGUCACAGCAGCAAACUGCAGGGAGCUGGCAUCCCAGACUGAUGUGGAUGGCUUCCUGGUGGGCGGAGCCUCCCUGAAGCCAGAGUUUAUUGACAUCAUCAACGCACGUGCAUAAUACUGUCCAUCAAUGCCAAACGCUCUGCAGACUUUCAGCUGUCUCUUGGUGUCCCCAUGCAUGGGCUAAAAAUCUGGGCUCAAUAGCUAAAUAGAAGUAAAUAUGAGUUUUUCUUUCAAGCAGGUGGAAUUUUUGCUGUCCUGUUUGGUUUAAAUUAUUUUGCAUAGAAAACCAAACCAUUUCUAGUCCACAUUUAGAAUAACAAUUAUAAGAAAAUGUGGUUGGUGUCUGUGUAAGUCACACAAAUCACAGCUCUUAGGUCACUUUUAGAUUUUCUUUAUUGUAUCACCUUUGAAUUUGUUGAUGAUUUUUCCCUUCAGUAAACAUGUGUGUUUGCAUGCAGAGCAAUAACUAAACUGUA